AGCAAAUCAGUGGAAAUAAAUUAAUCUCUUUAUUUGCAAAAUAAACUUUUCAAAGUUUAUAAACUGUGAACUAGUACAACCAGUUCACCCAAAAAGAACAGGCCUUAUAUUUGUGUCGUUUUAAGUGCAGAAAGUGCAACGUAGAGCAAUAAUCGCAUCAGCUUCUUGAUGUUUUAAAUUUUGAAGUAUUUUGAAAUCUUAGGUUGUAAAAUUUAAAAAAACCUUGCAUUAAACGACCGAUCGAAGUACCUAAUAAUAGCGAUUGAAAGCGAGUUCCAGUUAGGAGGGGAGGAAUAUCUUUCAAUUCUAAGAAAACGGAAAUCUAACCUAAAAAGCGAUUUGAUCUCUCGGCCGACGUGACAAUGCCAUGUCUUCCAGAAAUGCUAUUUUUAAAAGUUAAGAGUGUAUGAUGCAAUGUUUCUCACGAAGUUAAUCAAAAUCAUCCCGUUCCUGGAAUCUUGACAAUCUUUGAAGGUUCAUACGCGGUUCAUACACGUAGACACGUGUUGCAGGAACACGUGCAAAGUUUAUUUUAUUGUUUCCUCGUUGCUUCUACUUGAAUAUCACAAGAUAAUCGAAAUGUUUUCCAUUCGGCAAGCGCUCCGUCUUGGUGCACGUGUGAUGUGCACCCGGCACAUGGCAUGUCAUUCUCGCAUUCCAACUUUAUGUGCACCAUGCGGUAUCGGGGCGCUCCGACAGGAGCGUUUCGUUCACGAUGACAACCGCGGGGAAUUAGGCAAGUUGGAAGGAAAAUUAAAACUGAUGUUCACAUGCAAAAAGUGCGAAACGAGAAAUAGCAAACUGAUAUCGAAGUUGGCAUAUAACAAGGGAGUAGUGAUAGUAAGAUGUGACGGCUGCAAGAACAAUCAUCUUAUUGCCGAUAAUUUAGGAUGGUUUUCGGAAAUAAAUAAAAAGACGAAUAUCGAGAAAAUCAUGGAGUUGAAGGGGGAAACCGUGCGAAAGAUCAUGAAUGACGUAGAUGGCUAUUAUGAGGCUGUUUUGAAGGAAGAAUUCAAGAUGCGUUUGCAGAACGUCGGCGAAAAAUCGGAUGAUGAAUGCUCUAAUGAAAUAAAAAUGAUUGAGGAAUCGAAAGGAAUCUGACAUUCUUCCUAGCUUUAGUUUAUCCCCUAAACAAAAGUACAAUAAGUAUAGACAAGUAAGAAAUGUUCUGUUACAAAUUUAUUGUGUAAUCUGUUUCGAUUUAUAAUAUAUAAGAAUGACAAGUGUAGUCAUAAAAUGUACAGAUCGUUUUAAAGUCAUAGAAUGCGUUGAAAAAAAAGUCAUCUUAAUUUAUGUUUAGAUAAAGCUAUUUUCAUGCUGGUUGAAACACGAAACUCAUCUGUAGAUAUAAAUUUCGCCAACAUAAAAGAAGUACACAUAAACAAUUAUAUAUGCAAGAGUGCUUUACACAUGUAUAAAAUUUUUUAAAUAUAUUUUAAAUAUACUUCUUAAAAAUAAUCUAACGAUACUUGUUUUAGAAAUUAAUUAAUUUUCGUUAUAUGUCUCUUCAAUAUACAUAUUCCAGAAUUCUGCUUCUUCUUUUUGAGUCCCUUUUUGAAUUUCUAUUUAGGUGCGUUAAAGUAUUUAGUUUGUCUUUCAGAAGUCCACUAAGUAGCCUCCUUGGGAAUGUAAGAGGUACCUGUUUAAUUUUUUUCCAACAUUCUCCACGAAUAUCAAGAUUGGGAUAUAUAAUUCUAUAAACAAUCACUUGAUCAUACAGAGCAACUUAGAAUUCAUUGAUUGAUGGAAUAAUUUUAUCAGUAAUUGUUUAUAUAUAUACAUAUUAAUUGAUAUUUCAAUUAAUAGUAAAUCAUUUGUUUGGCACAAAGGACAUAUUAUUACAACGGCUUCUCAUUAAAUGCCUCUUAUAAACUGUUAUGGUACAUAUAUACAAUUUUGUAAAAAGGGACUCUGCAAAUAAAAAAAUAUAAAAGAUAAUUAUCUAUACCUAUAUGUAUUAUUAUUGUAUGUGACUCAUAAUCAUUAAUUUGCAUAAUGAAUAAUAGUGAUUUCUGCUACGCGAAUCUAUCUCAUAGAUAUAUGAUAUAUGAUAUAUAUAUUUGUAAUAUACUGAAUAUGUAACAUUUGAUUCAAAAAUAGAUUUUUUUUGUACUUUUAACACUUUGAACUUUUAAAUCCAAUAAAACAAUUUUCAUGGAAUUAAUAUUUAUGUGAAGGCAAAUGGUUGACUUGAUUAUCGACGAAAGCACUAAUAUCCAUUGUGCACGUACAUAAAAUUGCGGCAGCAUAUAAUGUUAAAUACCUAUCCAAUUGUGAUGAUACAUUAUCUCAUCUAGUUAUCUUUUUACGAAUGCAUUUGUAUAUUAAAUUGUAUUACAUAUUUAUAGCAUAUUGAUAGUUUCGUA